GCUGGAUGUUUCAGUCCGCUGCCAGCCAUCGGCGACUUCACACCUGCCCGCCCACCUGCAAGCAGUGCUGUCCGCCGAACGGAUCGACCGAGACCAGAGCAAGCAGUUCGGAUUCCAGUUCUAACUUUUAACUUUCAUUGGCUCACGUUGAUCGGCUGGCACAAUGACCGACCUGGAGUCUCCGAAGAACGGCAAGCACCUGGAUCAGGUGCACCACAACAACAAUGAAAUCACGGAGAGUGAACCACUCACCUGGCGAUUUUGGCGUAAACAGCGCUAUAUUGUGGUGCUACUGGCUUUCUUCGGAUUCUUCAAUGUCUACUCACUGCGAGUGAAUCUUUCGGUGGCCAUUGUGGCCAUGACGGAGAAUCGCACCGUCUUCGAUGCCGAUGGAAAUGUGUCCUACCAGCAGGACUUUCCCUGGGACUCCAAGCAGAAGGGCUUGAUCCUGAGCUCCUUCUUCUACGGCUACAUCCUGACCCAGUUCCUCGGAGGCUACAUCGGUACCAAAAUCGGUGGCAACAUUGUAUUUGGUACUGGAAUUGGAAGCACUGCCAUUCUGACGCUGCUCACUCCGAUGGCUGCCUCGCACAGCUUGGAAAUGUUCCUGGCCGUUCGCAUCAUCGAGGGCUUCUUCGAGGGCGUCACCUUCCCCGGAAUCCAUGCGGUUUGGGCUCGCUGGUCUCCGCCGUUGGAACGAUCCCGAAUGGCUUCGAUAGCAUUUGCGGGCAACUAUGCGGGAACGGUGGUGGCUAUGCCAUGCUCCGGAUUUCUUGCAACGAAAUACGGCUGGGAGAGCGUGUUCUACGUAUUCGGCACCAUCGGCGUGAUCUGGUACAUCACUUGGCUCGUCUUCGUCAAAGCUGGACCCGAGCAGGAUCGCUUCUGUUCGAAGGAAGAGUGCGACUACAUCCAGAAGACCAUUGGGUAUGUGGGAUCUAAGCACAUCAAGCACCCCUGGAGGGCCAUCUUCACGUCGAUGCCAUUUUAUGCCAUCAUGGCCUCGCACUUCUCGGAGAACUGGGGCUUCUACACCCUGCUCACCCAGCUGCCCAGCUUCCUCAGGGACACGCUCAACUUUGACCUUGGCAAAACCGGCAUUCUUUCGGCUGUGCCAUACCUGGCCAUGGGCAUCCUGCUGGCCGUGUCCGGCUAUUUGGCUGAUUGGCUGCAGGUGAAGGGCAUUUGGACGACCACCCAGGUGAGGCGGAACUUCAACUGCGGAGCCUUCCUGGCCCAGACGGUGUUCAUGAUGCUGACGGCCUAUUUACUGGAUCCCACGUGGUCGGUGGUGAGUCUGACCAUUGCCGUGGGCUUGGGUGCCUUCGCCUGGUCUGGAUUUGCCGUUAAUCACCUCGACAUUGCGCCCCAGCACGCCAGUGUUCUGAUGGGCAUUGGCAACACAUUCGCCACCAUUCCGGGCAUCGUGAGUCCGCUGCUGACGGGCUACGUGGUCACCAACCAGACUAGUGACGAAUGGCGCAUUAUCUUCUUCAUUUCGGCGGGCAUUUACCUCGUCGGCUGCGUCAUCUACUGGUUCUACUGCUCCGGCGAUUUGCAGGAAUGGGCCAAGACGCCCGAGCAGAAGGCCCAGGAGGCGGAGGAGAAGGCCCAACUGCAGUUGACCCAAACUGCCGGGUUUGUUAACAGUGGCGCCGAAUUGAAGGACUAAGUCAUUUAGUUCGGUGGCUUCAUCACAUCAUGAAUUUUGUGCCCUAGUAUUUGUCGUUGUUACGUUUUUGUGAUGCUAGCGAUAUGCGCACCAUUGUGUCUAUAUUUAUGUAUGUUAAUCCAUUUAGUCUUUCACGACACUCGCCGCGAGUGUUUUUGCGAAUAAACAAGGCAUUUUAUUACAAGUA